UUUCCUGCAGCUGCCUGUCCCUUUUGCCCUGCCCGGCUUCAGCUGACCAGGGAGGGGGUGGGCUGAGCUGAGGCGGGGGCAGGGGAGUGCCCGAUAUCGUGCCUGACCCCGCGGGUGACAAGAGCCGGUUCUUUCCGGGCUGGGUGGCAGCGCGCGGCCCUGAGCCCCGCCCCAGGCCGGCAGGCGGAGAAGGAGCCGGUGGGGGUAGGGGGGGUGGGGGUCCUCCGGCGCUUGGGGGUCCCAGUCCCCGCCGGCUGCCGAGCGGGAGGGGUGGCGGAGGAGCCGCAGAGAUGUCCGGCCAGAGCUUGACGGACCGAAUCACCGCCGCCCAACACAGUGUCACCGGCUCCGCCGUGUCCAAGACAGUAUGCAAGGCCACGACCCACGAGAUCAUGGGGCCCAAGAAAAAGCACCUGGACUACUUAAUUCAGUGCACAAAUGAGAUGAAUGUGAACAUCCCGCAGUUGGCAGACAGUUUAUUUGAAAGAACUACUAACAGUAGUUGGGUGGUGGUCUUCAAAUCUCUCAUUACAACUCAUCAUUUGAUGGUGUAUGGAAAUGAGCGUUUUAUUCAGUAUUUGGCUUCAAGAAACACGUUGUUUAACUUAAGCAAUUUUUUGGAUAAAAGUGGAUUGCAAGGAUAUGAUAUGUCUACCUUUAUUAGGCGGUAUAGUAGAUAUCUAAAUGAAAAAGCAGUUUCAUACAGACAAGUUGCAUUUGAUUUCACAAAAGUGAAAAGAGGGGCUGAUGGAGUUAUGAGAACAAUGAACACAGAAAAACUCCUAAAAACUGUACCAAUUAUUCAGAAUCAAAUGGAUGCCCUUCUUGAUUUUAAUGUUAAUAGCAAUGAACUUACAAAUGGGGUAAUAAAUGCUGCCUUCAUGCUCCUGUUCAAAGAUGCCAUUAGGCUGUUUGCAGCGUACAAUGAAGGAAUUAUUAACCUGCUGGAAAAAUAUUUCGAUAUGAAAAAGAACCAGUGCAAAGAAGGUCUUGACAUCUAUAAGAAGUUCCUGACUAGGAUGACAAGAAUCUCAGAGUUUCUCAAAGUUGCAGAGCAAGUUGGAAUUGACAGAGGUGAUAUACCAGACCUUUCACAGGCCCCCAGCAGUCUUCUUGAUGCUUUGGAGCAACAUUUAGCUUCCUUGGAAGGAAAGAAAAUCAAAGAUUCUACAGCUGCAAGCAGGGCAACAACACUUUCCAAUGCAGUCUCUUCCCUGGCAAGCACUGGCCUGUCUCUUACCAAAGUGGAUGAAAGGGAAAAGCAGGCAGCAUUAGAGGAAGAACAGGCUCGUUUAAAAGCUUUAAAGGAACAGCGCCUAAAAGAACUUGCAAAGAAACCUCAUACCUCUUUAACAACUGCAGCCUCUCCUGUGUCCACCUCAGCAGGGGGUAUAGUGACUGCACCAGCCAUUGACAUAUUUUCUACCCCUAGUUCUUCUAACAGCACAUCAAAGCUACCAAAUGAUCUGCUUGAUUUGCAACAGCCAACUUUUCACCCAUCUGUACUUCCUAUGUCAGCUGCUUCUCAGGUAGCAAGUACAUGGGGAGAUCCUUUCUCUGCUACUGUAGAUGCUGUUGAUGAUGCCAUUCCAAGCUUAAAUCCUUUCCUCACAAAAAGUAGUGGUGAUGUUCACCCUCCCAUUUCUUCAGAUGUAUCCACUUUUACUACUAGGACACCUACUCAUGAAAUGUUUGUUGAUUCUUUUUGUGGUACUCAAGCUUAUCGUAAUACUACCCUUAUGUGCCAUGAGCCUUCUACUGUAGCUGGUUUAUUUGGAGGAUUCACUCCUUCUCCAGUUGCACAGCCACAUCCUUCAGCUGGCCUUAAUGUUGACUUUGAAUCUGUGUUUGGAAAUAAAUCUACCAACGUUAUUGUAGAUUCUGGGGGCUUUGAUGAACUAGGUGGACUUCUCAAACCAACAGUGGCCUCUCAGAACCAGAGUCUUCCUGUUGCCAAACUCCCACCUAACAAGUUAGUAUCUGAUGACUUGGAUUCAUCCUUAGCCAACCUUGUUGGCAAUCUUGGCAUUGGAAAUGGAACCACUAAGAAUGAUGUAAAUUGGAGUCAGCCAGGUGAAAAGAAGCUAACUGGAGGAUCUAACUGGCAACCGAAGGUUGCACCAACAACUGCUUGGAAUGCUGCAACAAUGAAUGGCAUGCAUUUUCCACAAUACGCACCCCCUGUAAUGGCCUAUCCUGCUACUACACCAACAGGCAUGAUAGGAUAUGGAAUCCCUCCUCAAAUGGGAAGUGUACCUGUAAUGACACAACCAACCUUAAUAUACAGCCAGCCUGUCAUGAGACCACCAAACCCUUUUGGCCCUGUAUCAGGAGCACAGCUGUCGGCAGCAUCCAGCCCCUCCAGUCACAGUCCUCACAGAGCUUCAGGAAAGGACCCUUUUGCAGAGCUCUCUUUGGAGGAUUUCUUAUAAAUCACUUUAGAUACAGUUUAUGUAACUAGAUGGAAGAGAAUGGAAUUAUUCCAAAAAGACAAGUGCUCAAGCAGCAAAUACUUACUUCCAGCAAAAUCCAAACUGCUGUCUCUUAAACUCUCAUUAGAAUGCUACAGUAACCCAAUGAAGGCCCAUGAAGGAAAUUGGGACUAGUCGAUAGGAGAACAUAUCAAUACAGUUUAUAAAGCCAAGAAUUGCCAUGAAUUCAGACUGUCUUUUUGGUGACUAAUUCUUCAGUUCUUUCAUCUCCUGUUAAUACCCAUAAUCAGUAACCUACCAAGAAAAGCCCUUAUCUGGAAAGAGUGAAAUUCGUAUUUGGAAAAGCUGCCUGGAGAGAAGAGCUGUGUCCUUUACUGUAAUGCAACAGGACUCUUUUGGGGGGAUCAAAUCAUAAUUCUUAAUUAUGCAGUAUCUUUCUUUUCUCCAGUCCUCACAGAUACAGAAACAGUAACUAAAAUUAACUUUUCUUUUUAAAAAAUUAUAUAUUCAGUUUGCAGUAGACAUUCCUUAAGUAUUUGUAUUUAUUUAUGAUUAUCAAUUUACGUAACAUUAAUAUUGUAUCAAACCUCCUUAUGAAAAUGAGUAUGGAUGUACACAGUAUGUUUGAUUUUUAUCCAUAAGAAUGAAUCUGAUUCAGAAUGCUUUUCAGCUGACAUACAGAGCACUAAAUAUUUUAAGGCAAGUCCAUAGGUCUGAAUCGCUUAAGAAUUCUCAGUUUCUAUGGGAUUUAGGGAAGCAUUAUAAAUGCAUUAAUCCUUAUAGUCAAUUCUGUGCCUAGGAUUUUG